AUGCGGGGGGGGGGCAGCAGAAAGGCUGAUGCAGGACAGCUCUAAUAGGCUAAGCAGAGUUGCCACCUGAGAUGCUUGUGGAACAGGACUUGGUGGGCCUUUUGGCAAGCCAGAAUUGGUGCUAGUGGCAGAAGGAAGGCAUGCUUGGCCACUGGCCAGCCUCGCUGUUGCACAUGGGGAGAACCUGGGUCCCGUGUUGCGAGUGCCCAGCCGGGGUAAAGGCAAAAGGAUGCCGUUGACUCUCUCUAAAGGGGAGAGCCGCGAAGAAGCCUGGAGGAUGCAACCCCCAUCUCUGCGUAUUCAAGCCAAUUUGACCCCUCCGUUCUCUUCCAAUGAGCACCGCAUUCUUCUCCUGCAGGCACCAUCUGGAGGCCACAGCCCUGCCAGAGAAUCAGCAUAAAUGUAUGCAGGUAGUCUUACAACCGUAGUUAUUAUUUAGCGUGUCAUGAGAACAUAACAGAAGAGAAGUAAACAUAUGCCCACAAUCCAAGUAAUUGUAUAUAAAACGUCUAUGGAUGUACGACCAUGGCAUCAUAACUGGAUGUACAAUUCAGCUAUCCAAGCGAUGGCCUCUGGCAUUGCUUCAUGCAGAUCUUUUAGGGAACCAGAGAAUGCACGUCAUGGGCAAUCUUGCACAAUAUGUUAAUAGUUUGCAUAGCAGCCCACAAUUGCAAUGAGAGGAAUCCUUCCAUCCCCACUGAUACAGGGCAGAGGAACCUCUUCCAGUAAAACACCUUAUUCUGUUCAAUUUUGUCCAGACAGAGCAAGGCAGGUCAAACCCAGGUGUUUGUUGAGGGAUUUCAAUCAGAAUACAGCUGGAAGGGACUUUGGAGGUCUUCUCGUCCAACCACAUGCUCAAACAGGAGACCCUAUAACAGGGCUGUCAAACUUGCAGCCUGUGGGCCCCACCUCCAUUCAGCGAAGGGGGGGAAAGUCCCAAUAGGUCAUAGGACCAUGCCAUGAUGACGCAAGUUUGACACCCCUGCCUGCCCGAUACCAUUUCAGAAAGAUGGUUGUCCAAUCUCUUCUUAAAAACGUAGUGAUGAAGCAUCCACAACUUCUGAAAGGAAGCUGUUCCACUGGCUAAUUGUCCUCAUUGUCAGGAAGAUUCUCCUGAAUUCCAGGUUGCUUCUCUCUGAUCAGUUUCCGUCCGUUGUUUCUGUACCGUAAUAUGACCCAGUGGCGACAUGGGACCAGGCUGGCUAAAGAACCAUCUUGCCUCAAUGGGGUUGGUGUGCCCCGUUCACCCUUGCAGAAGAGGCAUCUAUGGACCCUGGCAGGCAGGCUCUGGGAGAAGGGCCUUUUCUGCCAUGCCCUCCCCCCCCCCCCCGCCCUUUGGAGCCUCUUCCUCCCAGAGUGUGUUCCGUUUAUAUUUCUGCAAAUGUAAUAUUCUAACUAGGUGGCCCUGAAACAGCAAAGCACAGAACAGGAAGUCGGACCAGCCAAUCAGCAGACAGGAUGUGCACCUUCGCACACUACACAGCUGGGAUUUGGGGAGGGUUGACGUCAGCCUGCCUGCAGCCGUCGGCUUACCCAUCAACCCUCCACAGCGGAGGUGAGCAGCAGGCAACUAAAUCAGCCUUCAGAGAAAAGAAGACAAGCCUUCCUACCUACCGCUUGUCUACUUCUUUCCUAGCUUUAACUAAUUCCUGUUAAUUUUAAUGUUUUUAUCUUUGCACUUGCACUAUAGUGCGAGCUAUUCAGUUACUUUGUAUAGUGAGCUGGGUGGCAUAUAUAUAUUAAUAAUCGAUCAAUAAACAAAAUAAAAAUAAGUGUGGGCUAAAAGCCAUAGCCACCAAGACCAAUAAUGCCUGGAAUUAGUGUAGGCUGCACACCCGUGCUGCCUAUCCUGGGGCCUGACUCCAAAUGACCAGGAAAAUGUCCAUUUCCCUGGCACUUUGGUAUUUCACAGGGGGAGAGACAAAUUCUCGCCUGUGACUCUUUUAAUCUCCUAAAUAAGCCCCUGGUCAGCCCAAUCCCUUCUGUGCUCCAUUCCAGGUCCCACAAUGUGUUGGCUGCAAGCGCUGAAUCCCCGGCAGGGGUGGAAAUCCCCAGCUGCUUCUGAGAAAAAGCUCAUAAGGCCACCGUGACCUUUCCAGCAACAGCUUUGCAGCCACGGAUCUUCCCAGCUGCGGUUGGAGAGCGCUACGCUCUGGCUGCUUCCCAGCAGGGUUAACGUUUAGGGCUACAUUCAAUUUCCUGCUACCCGGAGAGAAGGCCAUAAUACCAACUCGCCCUCUGAAAGAAGAACGCAGAAUUUAUAACCUCACUGCCUAAAACAAACACCGAACACUUAAUUCUGCAGAGAAUAAUGAUCCGAUCCUGCAUUUAAUCUGUUGCUUUAGACCAUUCAAGGCCCCCGGAUGAAUGUUGUGAGCCUUCAGAUCUAGAUAGGAAGGGCACCUGUUGCCUCUGUUGGGCCCUUGAUGGCCAUGUAGAGGACACUUCUGGCCAGUUCCGUGCUAGCCACGCAUAGUUGCAGGGAGGUUGUCUGCAAGUAGCACAGAAGGGGAUGUUGUCUCCACACAUGGCCCUCCUUGAUGCACCUGUGGCCACCCUUCCUCUGCAGCAGGAAUCCCAGAGCUUCCGCCUCCGAGUGAGCCCAGUAGCUGCUUAGCAGAGGGCAGGCAGUGGCUCUGAGCAGUCCUGGGAUGCUAGCUGGUAUUUGAAGAGGCUGCCUGUGACUUGCAAGGUGAGCUGGCUUGGACGUUUUGCUCCACCUCGUUCACCACUUCCUUUUUCUGAAACAGUAAAUGUGGGGCAGGCAGCUCUGGUGUUUAGCAAUGACUCACUGACUUCAGAAGGUUUAGUUGGGGAAGCUACAUGCGCUUACUGGAAGACACGAUCGCCAGAAUAGAAGGUCAACGGUAAUGCUGGGCACUGGGGAGAGGCUGGGAGGAGGGGGUCUUUCUCCUUGCCUUCCACAUUGGGUUUUGCUUGGGAUAAGAGUGUUGUCCAGAUGGCAUUACAGUGAAUGCCAGGCACGGCUGAUGGGCAGCGACGGCCUCUCUUGGAGACCUCUAGGAGUCUGGUUGGCCUUCUUUGGCCUUCUGAGGUCCACUGCCGUAUUCAAGAGGGACAGAAUAUGUGAGUGGCCAGGCUGGCCCUCUGCCCUGGGACAGCCAGUAUGCAAAUGUGAAUUUCUCUGGAAAGAGAAAACAGUCCUCAAUUUCAAGGCCAAGACAUGCACAAAACGUCUGUUAACAGAAGAGGGACGCGGGAAAAAGUAACCUUGGAAUUAAACUACCUAGAGAGGGAGACUCGCAUCUCCAUAUUGAGGAGGACGAUCAGUCAGUUCUCCUGAUGUUGCCUUAGCAGGCAAAGGAUUUUGAUCUAGUUGUGCCGGGGGUCUGAGGGCCUUGAAGUGUGAGCCUUGAGCUAGUGAAGUCAGGGGAGUUGACCUCUGGGGAAGUUUGCUGAGCUGCCAUUUCCUGGCAAGUAACCGUGGGUUGAAAACUCAAGACAAGGAGUGCUUGGGGUGGGUGGGGGAAGCAGGGCAGCCUCUCCCAAAUUCAUCCUAUGGGCCACAAGGCCUCUCUGGCUGGUCUGCAGAGUGUUGCUUAGAGCAAAAGGCUGCCUUUAAGAGGCUGUGGAGGCUUCAGGAAUAAUUUGGCAGAAUAACUUCACUGCUAUCCUUUCGAGCAAACUUAAAGCUGCAAAGUUUUUUUUCAGGCUUAUAUGGAAGUCUGAAAAAAGAUUGAUUGAUUGAUUGAUUGAUUGAUUGUGAUUGACUGCCAUUGAGUCAGCCUUGCCUACUCUCCUAGUUGGCCCCACAGGUAGAUAAUUUCUCCAGAAGGAUCAGACUCCAACUUGGUCUUUCAAGUCCCCUAACUGGGCCCCACGGCUACUGUAACUGAGCCCAUCCACCCUGCUACCAGUCAUCGUCUUCUCCUCUUUCCCAGCAAGCUGGAUCUUCACACGUGUCUUAGAUGGGAUAAUUUGAGCCUGGUCAGGGACAACCCUGGUUUCUUUUGUUUGAUGAUCCAUUGAUUUCUUUCUUGAUUGUCCACAAUAUUCCCAGGAGUCUUUUCCAACACCAAUUCAAAUGAAUCAAUGCUCUUCCUACCCUCUUUCUUUAAAGUCCACCUUUUGCUUCGCUAGAGCAUCUCAGCCGACACAAUUCUGACCUUUGCAGGUAUAGAGAUAUCACCACCUUUGAGUACCUUUUCCAAUGCCUUCGUGUCCAUUCUACCAAAUGCUAAUCCACAGAGAGCAUUUUGGCCGCUGGUUCCUAGUUAAUUCUAAGAGGCAGAAACUAUAAACCACUUCAAUAUCUUCAUUGUCAAUUCUGGUUACAUUAGUUGCUGUCAUUAGUUUCGUCUUCUUUAUAUUUAAUUAAUCUCAUUUUUUCACUGUGCCAUUUGACUUGCAUUACUAGAGACUGCAGAUCCUUUGCAUUUUUAACUAUCAGAGCAUCCUCAGCACAGCGCAGGUUAUUGAUGUCUCUUCCUCUAGUUUUAAGAUGCUCUUCCAGUCUAGUUUUUCACUAGUACUGUUUUAAGUUAGAAAUUUUACACAUACUGCUGUCAAAUUCCAUCAAUUUACUUUCACCCUCUAAUAGACUUUUAACAAUAUUUGUUUGUUUGUUUGUUUACUUGUUUGUUUGUUUAUUUAUCCAUUCAUUCAAUUUUUCACAUUUCUGAAUCACCCAUCUCUUUCAAAUACAGAUUCUGGUGUUUUAUUGGUGUACAAUAAAAUGUUAAAAUAUUUAAAAAUUGUUAAAUGUUAAAAUAUUUUAAAAACUAUAUAAAAAUUAGUUUUUUAGAAUGAAAGUAUUUUAUUUGAUAUACUUUUAAAAAUUGAUACAUGAAACCCAUUUCUCUAGGGGGAAAGGAAGCGAAAAUAAGUUGGAUAUGUUCACUGCUUUGAGUUAUUUGUAAAAGUAAUAAAGGUGUGAGAAAUGAAUGAAUAUAGGAAAUAGAAAAAUAAAAUUUCCCAUCAAUCUAUAAAUUAAUCUAUAGAUUUUGGGGAGAGAGAGAGAGACACACACACACAGAGUGUCGGUCUGUCCCAGAUGCCUGGGGCGCCAUCUUGGGGUGUGGUCUGGGAUGAGUUGGUAAUGCCUGAAGAAGUACAUAGACAGGGUUUUCAGGUACGUUCAGUUUUGAAGGAAAUGGUACUGCACCUCCUCAAGAGGCUCUCCUUAGACCCAACACUUUUAGAUAACUACCAUGUAGGGAAGGUUGUUGAAAAGGUAAGCCUGCAGAAUUCCUGAGAAUUCUGCAGGAACUGGAUCAUCUAGUCCCAUUUAAGACUAGAACUCGGUGCAGAGGCAGCCUUGUCACACCUGUAGGCAACCUGUGAUGAAUCUGACUUGAAGAUUGUACAUCCAUGCUUGUGCUCCUUGAUCUCUCCACCGCUUUUGAUGCCAUCUACCAUGAUAUCCUUCUGGAUUGGCUCUGGGAAUUGGGAGGUGGUGGCACUAUACUCCUCCUCCUUUGGGGCCAAUGCCAGUCUCUCCCAGUUCCACCUUUGAGAUGAUACCAUGGAGCUCCGUCUCCUCUUUCCCUUGUUCCAGCAUCUACAUGAAACGGAUGGGUGAGGUCCUGCACGGCAGAUUCAGCUUUAGGCUAAGCUUUGUAGGCACUGGUCCAGAGCAACAAAAUUGAGGAUAUGCCAAUGCUGCCUCUUAUUCCAAAUAAUUCUAAAAAUGCAAAUCCUCUCAUUGGCUGGAGAUGACAGCAUCAGUGCCUAGAGGUUGUGUGGGGUUUGAUGGGAAGGACUCAAUCUUCCCAAGACCCAGUGGCCAUAGAUAUUAAAGCACCUAGAUCUGGCACCUCUUAUCUUUAACCUUGGAUAGUUGCACCUCCCAACUGAGCAGCCUUGGGGGUGUUCCUGCUCAAUGAGCAGGUGGCAGCUGUGGCCAGGAAGUCCUGUGUGCAGUGUGUCUGAUGGGCCAGUUGUGCCCUUUCUUAGAUCAGGAGAUCCUUCAGAUAGUCACUCAUGUCCUGGUUGCCCCCCAGCUUGACUAUUGCCAUGCACUCUAUGUGGGGUUUGUCUUCGAAGGCCUCCUGAGAACUUCAGCUGGUGCAGAAUGCAGGAUCACAAACACUGAUGGGCACUCGGCAUAUGGCUCUUUUGCUUUGGGACUUGCACUGUUUGCCAGUUGGUUUCCAGGUAGGGUUCCUGGUUAAAGUCCUACGUGGCACGUCCUGGGCGUUUGGAGGCCAGCCUGCCUCCACAGAGACUGCUCAGCUGAUACACACUGACUGGCCUGGGCUAAGGUGGCUGGAGCAACCUCUGGAUGUUGGUGGCCUAUGUUCUGCGUGGUGUGCUCAAUUCACCUUCAUCUGAUUCUUUUCUUUCUUUUCUGGUCUAAUUCUUUGGUUCUGUGGUGGUUUUUAUUACACUGUUUUUUAUUCUGUUGAUCAUACUCUGACCCGGCCGGAAUCUCUGGACUGGGCAGUGCCAAGUCAGAUCAAAGAAACAAAUAAACAAACAAAGGAUUUCCAGUUGCAAAUUCAGUCAUGAUUUGGGCAUGAAGUGUGGGCGACGGGACUGGUAAAAAAAGAGGUUCCCAGGCAUAUUCAGAGCACGGUUGGGUACAAAUGGGGCAGCCCUCUAAUUCAGACACCAGGGAAUUAGACACCAGGGACUGGUUCCAUGGAAAGAGGUUUUUCCAUGAGCCAGAGCGGGAGUGGUUUGGCGUGCCAUCUGCAUCCUGUGGACGGGGCUUCACUUGUUUGUGCGGCCCAGUUUCUGGCAUGCCACAGCUCAAUGCUGGUAAAUGGACCAGGGAUGGGGACCCCUGCUCUAACUGCCCUUAGUCCCCUCCUUUGCCCUAUUCUGCUUCCUUGUAUCUUUCUUUGUACGUUUGUACAAAUAUAGUUGUGCUUUACUCAGGAGUCAUUUGGUUUUCAUCAGCUACAAUUUCAAGUCCGUUUUUAAGUCCUAUGACUAAGCCAGGUGCCUCACACCCGCCAUUUGACUUCUCUUUCCUAAAGGACAAAAGAGCAGAAGGCCCAAGACUGGAUCUUGUAAGACCUUAUUAGACAGUCUGCAGAUGAGUGAUGAUGAUGUUAUCUGUUCAGUCAAAUCCGACUCUUGGCUAUUCUCUGGGCCAGGUCUCUCUCCUUGUCUUCCGAUCUUGCUCUGUUUCCUUGAGUUUUUCUAUGCUUUGGCUGGUGUCGGCCUUGAUGGCAUCCAGCCACCCUGUUCUUUGAUUGCCUACUUUCCUUUUACUGCUAACUCUUCCGAGCACAACUGCUUUCUCCAGUGAUCCAGCUGAGUACUAUUUUCAAACCAACUCAGUAUUUAAUUGCUAUGGCAGCCAGCUCACUCUUUAACUAGCUUACUAAUCAGAAUGUUAUGUUCUUUGUCAAGCGGUUUCAUAAAAUCAAGAUAUGAUAUACUAAGGAAGUUAGUGCUGACAGAUUAACAGUCAGAUAAUCUUAGUUUGACAAGUCUCGUUUCUUGAUAAAUGGGUGCUCAUUUCUGGAAAUUGCUGCAUGGUUCUUGACCCAACCCUUCAUGAACUGCUGCACAAUAUUGCCAAGUACUAAUUCAAACUGAGUGGCCUGAAAAUUGUAGGUUUUCCCCGUCCCACUUUUGAAAGUGGGGGCCAUAUUUUCUCUUCUCCAGCCACCUGGCUGCUUUGCUGUGACUCAAAUGGGCAGAAUGCAUAAACGUUCCUCCAUCCCAUCAACUAAUUCCUCCCCUGUCCUAUGUCACAAUUCUAACUGGUUCUGGAAAUUUAAACUCAAUUAAAGUACAUAAUAAUUAUUGGACUGUUUAUAUAAGACUUCAGUCCUGGCCCCUCAUCUCUCUUUUCAAAAUCUUGCUUAUUUGUUCAUAUCAAAGAACUGUUGGAAUCUGACCUCUGUCAAGAUUAAUAUUAUUUAUAAAGCCAGUAAUAAGACUUAUUCUCCACCUCAAUCUAUUCUUCCACAAGAUUCUCCAAAAUCACCAUUUACUUCAUUUGAACUGAGCAGAAUAACAGAGUUUGGAGGGACCUUGGAGGUCUUCUAGUCCAACCCCCUGCUCAAGUAGGAGACCCUAGAAUCCUAGACCGGUGGUUCUCAACCUUUUCUUUACCAUGGAUCCCCUUUAAACAUCUUCUGUGGCCACGGACCAUGGCCACAACCACCAAGACUUAACUCAAGAUUUAGAUUAUAACGUUUCUUCAAGUCUUCAUGGAUCCCCUGUGGCAACAUUGCACCCCCCCCCCAGUGGUCCACAGACCACAGUUGAGAACCACAGUCCCAGACCAUUCCAGACAAAUGGCUGUCCAGUCUCUUCUUAAAAACCUUCAGUGAUAGAGCACCGACAGCUUCUGGAGACAAGCCUUUCCACUGAUUGAUUGUUCUGUUAAUUCUUCCACCUAGCAACUAUACUACCCCCAUAAGCAAUUCUAAAUCCCCCACAUUGACUGCAAUAUCUUCACUAUUUCCCGCUGAAAUUUCCCUCUGCCUUGACUUCUUUUCUGUAGGUUUACAGAUUAACAGAGUUGGAAGGGACCUUGUAGAUCAUCUAGUCCAACCCCCCCCGCCCAAGCAGGGGACUCUACACCAUUUCUGACAAAUGGCAAUCCAAUCUCCUCUUGAAAGUCUCAAGUGAUGAAGCUCCCACAACUUCUGAAGGCAAGUUGUUCCACUAGUUGAUUGAUCUCACUCUCAGAAAAUUUCUCCUUAUUUCCAGGUUAAAUCUCUCCUUGUUCAGUUUCCAUCUGUUUUUCCUUGUCUGGCCUACAGGUGCUUUAGAAAAUAGCUUGACCCCCUCCUCUCUGUAGCAGCCCCUCAAAUAUUGGAAGACUGCUAUCAUGUCUCCCCCUGGUUCUUCUCUUCUCUUCACUAGCCAUGCCCAGUUCCUACAACUGUUCAUUGUAUGUUUUAGCCUCCAGUCCCCUAAUCAUCAUGGUUGCUCUUUUCUGCACUUUUUUCUAGUCUCUCAAUAUCUUUUUUAUAGUGUGGUGAUAAAAACUGGAUGCAAUAUUCUAGGUGUGGUCUUACUACGGCUUUAUAGAGAGGUAUUAAUAGAAUAGAAUAGAAUUUUUUAUUGGCCAAGUGUGAUUGGACACAAAAGGAAUUUGUCUUGGUGCAUAUGCUCUCAGUAUAUAUAAAAAAAAGAUAUGUUCAUCAAGGUACAACAUUUACAACACAAAUGAUGGUCAAUAUAUCAAUAUAAAUCAUAAGGAUUGCCAGCAACAAAUUUACAGUCAUACAGUCAUAAGUGGAAAGAGAUUGGUGAUGGGAACGAUGAGAAGAUUAAUAGUAGUGCAGAUUUAGUAAAUAGUUUGAGUUUAAUACCUCCCUUGAUCUUGAUUGUAUUCCUCUGUUAAUGCAAUUUAGGAUUGUGUUGACUCUUUUGGCUGCCGCUGCACACUGCUGGCUCAUAUUUAGCUGGUUGUCCAAUAAAACUCCAAAAUCCAAAUUUUUAAGAAAAUGUUGGAUAACCAUCUGACUGAGAUGGUGUAGGGUUUCCUGCCUGGGCAGGGGGUUGGACUAGAAGGCCUCCAAGGUCCCUUCCAACUCUGUUGUUAUAUUAUAUUAUAUCCCUCUCACAGUUACUGCUAUUAAGCCUGGUCUGUAUGUGUCCUUUUGGGGUUUUUUUUUGCCUAAGUGUAGGACUUUAUUUUUCUCUACAUUGAAUUUCAUUUUGUUAGAUAGCCCAGUGUUCAAGUCUGUCAAGAUCCAUCUGGAUUUUGAGCCUAUCUUUUAGGGUGUUGCCUAUUCCUGCCAGCUUAGUAUCAUCUGCAAAUUUAAUAAGUUCCCCUUCUAUUCCCUCAUCUAAGUCAUUUAUGAAGAUAUUGAAGAGUACUGGCCUAAGACGGAACCUUGUGGCACCCCACUGCUCUCCACGUAGACUUAGACCCAUUAAGGACUAUUCAUUGAGUACAGUUCGUCAGCCAGUUGCGAAUCCAUCUGGUGGUGAAGCUAUCUAGCCCACUUUUUUCUAGCUUACGAUGAAGUAGGUUGUGGUCUACUUUGUCGAAUGCCUUGCUGAAGUCUAAGUAUAUUAUGUCCAUGUUCAUUAACAUCUUCCCUAACUUCGGGGUUUUCUAGUCCAGCCCUGUCACUCAAGGCAGGGAUCCUCUAGUGAUGGAGUGCCCACAACUCCAGGGGGCCUGGGUCUGCUUUGACUUAAAUACUUGAUGCUUAAGUUGACAACCUUGGCACUCCAGCUUCAGAUAAGGUGUUAUUGAAUUAUAUUCAGCAGUUACUAAAACUACAGUAGUAAAUUAUCCCAUAUGCAAAUGCAUCCGUUGCAGCAAGGUACCCAUUUCCUCUUAGAAAACAUCAACCGUCAUUCUAGCCCCACUUUAGAUUCCAAGCCCCACUACUUGUCUUUUACUCUGGAAUAACUCAAGCAGGCCUGUCUCUCCAUCUGGGCGGCUGCCUGCAAUGAUCCAGCCAAGAUGCUUCUAAUCUAUGCUCAGCGUAAAUGAAUUCUCAACAGCAUGAAAAGCCCUCAAAACUUUCCUAGGCAAUUGUGCAAAUAGCUACUGACAAGACCACAGUAGUCUUUUAUCUGAACAAGCCAGGGUGCGUAACAUCCCAGAUCUGUCGAUGUCUUAUCAUGAUUCAACUUACUGAAGUAGACGUUAUAUUAGUGAACCAUCUGUGAUCAUAGGUGAGGCACAACUGGAAAAAGAGCCUUCUUUCGCAGCCCUGGAAACAAGCCAUAUUUAUUUGCCCCCAGAGAAUGGUCCACUUGCAUUCAGUGCUUCUCUGAAAGGCAGCAGGCGAACAGCCUCUCUUGGGGAGGAUUUCCUGCAUCCGUGGCUACUGCCACUGAUUCCUGUGCUCACCAGAGUAAUUCCUCAAAACCAACAAGAUGAGUCAAUCCCCAUCUUGAUAACUCCACAGUGGCCCAUAGUUCUCUCUGUUCCGGGUGGCAUAGAAUUGCCCAUAAUGUUGGCUCUUCCAUUCCCCCUGAUCUCCCGCAGCAUUCCCUGCACCUCAGGGCUGGGAGGAUUCAAUAGUUUCACCAAGGAAUUUGCUGAAAUUCUAGGAACAAUUAAGUUUUCAUUUAUCCACUGGGAAGAUUUCAGGGCCAAACAGAGGCUUUCCACAACAGGGGCUCUGUCCAGUCACAGGGACUGCUGUGCAUUGUAAGUUUUCAACUUUUCCUGGCCGGCCAUUCACAAGGGUCAAGGAGUUCACCUAUAGAAGUUUCUUCCCAACAAUCACAGUAUUUCACAUUACAAUUGCAAAAAGUCCAUGUUUUCUCAGCCUUUAUGACACCAUUUUUUAAGACUGCAAAAUCACUCUGCAUCCUAGAUACAAAUAGUCUUCACUUAGGGACAACAAUUGGGGCCAGAAGCUCUGCUGCUACUAUAAGUGUCACGGUACCUAAGCAAAUUAUGUGAGUAUGACAGAUUUACAAUAUCUUUUCCUAUCCAGUCAUUAACCAAGUCCCUAAGCAAGUCAUUAAGUGAGUUGAGCUCUUUCCUUCAUGUGAAGGAACAAUAUCUGUUUUCUCCCGUCUUCUGGGACCUCACCAGCCUUCCGGGAGUUCUCAAAGAUAACCAAAAGCUCACCUUUGCUUAUUUUUUUCAGUAUCCCUCUGGCCUGGGGCAUUUCUGUUAGCUAACUGCCUUUUACCCUCUCCUGGUCUAAUCAGCACCUGCCACAUCCUCCUUCCACUAGUGGGACAACCACGGAGAGCCAAAGUUUCAUUUCCUUCCUAAGAAAUGUAAACUAUGAGUUGAAACUUUCCGCCUUUUCAUCCUUAUAAGCUUUUUACCCCUUUCCAUUUCACCUUUCUCUUCACAACGGCCUGACAGCCUCUUUGCAUGUCUGGCAUAUGCCAAAAUUUCCUUUUAUUUCCCCCUUGGUUUGAACAUUUCUUGCCUCAGCUCAUUCUGUGCAUCAGCCUUUUGGACAAUCCCUGGAGUUUCUGAGAAACUGGGAAACUUAGGCACAACAAAAUCAAGGCAAUCUCUCUGAUGAACAGAAUACUUUAUUUGGUCAAGUAUGAUUAGACACACAAGGAAUUUGUCUCCAGUGCAUAAGUUCUGUGUACAUGCAAAAUGACAAAAUAAUCAUAAUCAUAAUAACAAAGUAAUAAUAUUCAUAAUGAUACCAAUAAGAGAAGAAAGUGGAACAUAUGAGAAGGAUAAUAGUAAUACAGACAUACUACAUGGUUAAAUAUACUUAGACAUAAGUCAAUAUUAUGGAAAUUAGGUGUUCUACAAGGCAAAAGAAAAGAAGAUUAUGGAAAAUUCCAAAUAGCCCUGGAUUAAAUCCUAGCCUCUUAGGACAAAUGGACCUGGUUCCAUCAACACUGUAAAAUCAUCGGAAAUUCUGCAUAGGUGACCAAUGUGCUGUACUUUGUCUGAUUUUGAGGCCUUGGGUCUCCUCUAGGUUGAUGAGAUGGCAGGCUGGCUAAGAUUGCAAACUUGGUUCUCUGCUUUGAGUUGGAAAAUAGUCCUUUCCCUGAAAUACAUAUGUCUCUGCUGACUCCCUAGAGGCCUGCAUCUGGGGGCCCAUAAGCCCUGCCGCCUGACUUGCUACCACUGCUAACCUCUAACUUUUCUUGGCCAAGACGCAGAAGAAGCCAGUGAACCAGUCCUAAGAGGAGGAAGAAAGGAUGCGGCUGGGCCAGAUGGCUGUGGUGCUGCUUCUCCUUCAGCACACCUCCGCGUGCCAGGAGCUCACCUGCUUCGCGGACUAUAUCCAGCGGCUGGAAUGCACGUGGGGAGGCGGCCUCAGCCCAGCUCACAGGGCCCGGUAUAACCUCAGCGCAAAGUGGAACUGUGGCGACGGCGGAAGCUGCUCCUUCAACCUUAUCGACGGCAACGUCACCCACGCACGCUACGCCUGCUUCUGUGAGCAGAAGCUCUGCUUUGCCACCAAUGCCUUUGAGGUCAGCAUCGCCGCCGCAAGUCCUGCGGAGGAGCCUCCGCGGCUGCCGCAAGGUUGCAAUAAGACGUUCCUGUUCCAGAACCACAUUAAGCCAUAUCCGCCAAUCCACCUGGCCGCAGCUGCAUCGUCUGCCGGCUACACCCUUUCUUGGGAGACCAAAUACCUGGACCAAGAGUACCACUUACUGAGCGACAACCUGCAGUAUGAGUUGCGGUACAAGGAAAAAGGCCACCCUUGGCAGCAGAGCCAGAAAUCCCUCCUGCAGAACCUACACAGCUUGCGGCUUCUGCCCCAGGAGUUGAAGCCGAACACUGAGUACGAGUUCCAGGUGCGCUCAAAGCCGGCCUCUUCUUACCAGGGAACAUGGAGUGACUGGAGCUCCCUGGCUUCCCUUAAGACCACGCACAAGGCCUCAGAGCAUGGCGCAAACCAAUGGCUGGAGGUGAUUUUAUUGGUGCUCAGCUCCAUUGUUGCCCUCAUGGCCUUCCUGGGGUGGCACCAGAGGUUGUGGAAGAAGCUGGACUGUUUCACCCCCAGCCCAGCCCCCUUCUUCCAGCCCCUCUACCUGAGGCACAAUGGAGACUUCAAGAAAUGGGUGGGCGCCCCUUGCUCUGGAACAACCCUCGAUGCCUUUGAGUGGGGCAUAGUUGUGCCAGAGAUAUUUGGUACUGGACACAAGCGCCUUCUCUUGAGCUGUGCCGAGGGAGACUGGAAUGAUGGCCUGAAUGGGCAGCCUCCAAUGUCCGCCCCGCUCCUGCCAGAACACUUGCAGGCCUUUGCCAAGGGCUGCAGUGCCACAUGGGAGCAGGGCUAUGGCCACCUCUCCAUUGGCACCGUCACGGUGGCGGAGGAUUUUGCAACUCACUGCCCCCAGUGCAACAGCGCCCACCCAUGCUGGGCUCUGGAGGAGGAGCUGCAGGAGGAGACAGAAACCAGCGAGAAGGAGGCCUAUCGCAGCCUGCAGUUCGACAGCAGCAGCAGCAGCAGCCUUGGCCUGGCCUCUGGCCGUUUGCUGCUGGGGAAUGAGGUGCCACUGCAGGACUCCUUUCCCUCUGGGCCGGCCUCCUGGACAAGCCACCCUCCCUUUGGCUCUCCCCCAGGGGGCCGGGAGGGAUUCUUCAGUCUGCUGCCUGCCCCUUCGCUUCUCCGCCCCUGCCUCUCUGCCCCAGCCCCAGAGGAAGGCCUCUACAGGGGAACCCCCUCUCCCGACUGGGAGGGGGAAAGCGAUCCCGUCAACGACCUGGAUCUGGACACCAUGGACAGCGGCUUUGCAGACUGCGAGUGCAGGAGCCCUGGCGAUGGGGAGCUGGAGGAAAUGCCGUCAGGUUGCAGUUGCCAGUCUGAUCCCAGCCCUGUUGUGGGGGCACCUGAAAAAGAGGACUUUCUGCCAAGAUAUGUCAAGCAGUGGAUUUAGUCCCACGGCACUGAGGGACUCAGGUGGGCUGGGCAGGGGCUGAGCAGCGGCUCAGUCCAAGAGGAUCCCACAGGCCUCUGCCAGCCCUUGCAGGAUUAUUCUGCCUCAGAGGCUUGUGAUGCUGUCUCCCCUCCUUUGCCCCAUGCCAGAAGUGGCCAGCUUUCUUUUUGUGAAGACGUAACGCUCUACAGGCAGUGCGGGAAUGGAGGGAUUGGAUCUUGGGGCAUCAAAGGCAAAUGGGAAGGCCUGCACCUGUUGUGCCCAAGGCCCAAGUAGUGAUUACUAAACACAAUUCAGUCCUCAACAAACUUAUUUUAUUAAAACAGCUGAGAAUUAAUUCAUUCUCAGCUUAGUCCAAAACAAAAUUCUUAAUAACCAGUCCAUCGGCCUUAUCACCAACCUUUGAUGUCUUUGGCAACCUGUCAAAGGCUUUUCUUGGCAAAACCCCCACAAAGUUCAAGAGACACUGACAAGAAGCCAGGAAAUCAACGUUGCUUUUCUACAAAGAACCCAAUGGCUUGUUGCUGCUCUUUUAAGCCUUAUGGGAGUGGCCAAUCAUCUUCUGGCCUUACUCCCGAGUUGUCCUUUUUUCUUCAGCUGUUCUUGCCUCCUGGCAGCUCUUCACAUGCAUACACUAGGAACAGGCUCCUCCUGUUCCUCUGCCUCUCUGCUGUCCGCCUCUGGAGGCUCCAGAGUCUGCACAUUGCUCCCAGAU